UAGGGAGGUCACGGAAGGAGAGCGGUUAACGGCGUUCCAUUCCGUCGGCUCCCGUUAGGAAUCCAUAGGGAACAUUCCGGCGGUUCCCCCUUCCAGAAGGAUGGGCGGAGGGCGUGGUCGUUGUACGGGGAAUAUGCCAAGGACGGAACGGAUCUUCCAGAGUAACGGCGCCAGACGGAAUAUUCCCGUCCGUCAUCUUCCACCUUCCUCUCCCGUCUCUCUCUGAGUACUCCUCCCCCUGCGAGUCUGCGACCAUCCAUAAAUCUUCUCCUCGUCGAGCAGGUGGAGCGGCCAUCCGAUCGCAAGCUUCUCGGCCGCCGACUCGGUUUUGUGCCGGAUCGACUCGGUCCCGCCUUUUUCACCGACACCUCGCACCUGUCAUGGCGCUCAAGGCGGUUCACGUCUCCGACGUCCCGAAUCUCGACCAGGUGCAGGAGAGCGCCGCGCUUGCUAUCUCCUCCAGCCGACUUCUCAAAGGACCCGAGGAGCAGAGAACCGCGUUCAAGCCGCCGAAGUUCAUGGUGAUCGGCCACCGGGGGAGCGGCAUGAACGCCCUCUCCUCGCCGGACGGGAGGAUGAAGGCGAUCAAGGAGAACUCGCUCCUCUCCUUCAACACCGCCGCAAAACUCGGCGUCGAGUUCGUGGAAUUCGACGUUCAGGUAACUAGAGACGGCUGCCCCAUAAUUUUCCACGACAACUUAAUCCUCACAGAAGAAGAGGGAAUCAUAUCGGAGAAGCGAACCACAGAACUGACGCUUGCGGAGUUCCUCUGCUACGGCCCCCAAAGAGAACCCACAAUUGUCGGAAAAUCGCUGUUAAGAAAAUCAACGGACGGAAGGGUCCUCAGUUGGAAGGUGGAAAACGACGACGCUCUCUGCACGCUUCAGGAAGCGUUUCAGAAGGUUGAAUCCUCUUUGGGGUUCAACAUCGAACUCAAGUUCGACGAUGGCUUGACGUAUUCAGAAGAAGAGCUAUUGAAGACUCUACAGAAUAUUCUGAAGGUUGUGUUUGAAUACUCACAAGGUAGAUCGAUAAUCUUCUCAAGUUUCCAACCAGAUGCAGCCCUGUUAGUCAGGAAAUUACAGAACUCUUACCCUGUCUUCUUCCUUACAAAUGGAGGGUCUGACAUAUAUAACGACGUCCGAAGAAACUCUCUUGAGGAAGCCAUUAAACUAUGCGUUGCUGGAGGACUGCAGGGGAUUGUGUCCGAAGUUAAAGCCAUCUUCCGGAAUCCUGCUGCUAUUCCCAAGAUAAAAGAAGCCAAUCUUGGAAUUUUAACCUACGGCCAAUUGAACAACGUGUCGGAAGCCGUCUACAUGCAGCACUUGAUGGACGUGGAUGGCGUGAUUGUGGAUUUCGUUGGGGAGAUUGCAGAAUCUGUUUCACAGUUCGUGAAGCCUGCCGGAGAGGAAUCACAGGGCGCCGUCGCCGGAGAGGAAGAGGGGAUGGCGCAGUCGCAGGGGAAGGUGGCGAGUCACCCCAAGUUUUCUCAGGGGGCCUUAUCGUUCUUACUGAAAUUGAUUCCCAACUUGGUACAGUAAAGCUAUAUGCCCCCACUGAGCUCGAGCCGCAGAUUCACCCUCCCAGUCUAUUAUUUCCGCUGGGGGGAGAAGGGGGUUGCCUUUUGCUUCCAUUUUCUCAAUACAAAGUGCUCAGAAUGAAAGCUUUUCUGUAUAUAUUGCCUGUGCAUUGUGAUCCCUAGAUCGCUUCAUGCCAAUUAAAUGAAAACAAAAGGAAGUUUGUCUCUC